CUUGUCUUCAGAUGGUGCUAAUGACUGGUCAACAGCAUGAGGGGGAAGAACUAAAACCUGUCAGGGCGAUCAGUAAAAAAGAAAACAAAGCUGCUUUGACCCACUGCAGUAGAAGGAAACAGGAGCUGAGGAUGGAGGAUUCCCACCAUGCCAGGGGCUUGGCAGCCUUAUAUAUAUUCUCAGAAAGUGAAAAUGGAACAGAAGGAAAAAGAAAGAGUGGAAAGGCAUCUACUGUGGCGGCACAGACACCGUCAACUGAUGUGGAAUGUUUUGAAGACCAUAAAAAAAUAUCAGCUUCACGGUCGAAGACAAUUGUGGAUAAUACCAUCUUGGCAGCAGACGGCAAGAAUGACUCAAAGCUAGAAAGGAAGAGGCAUGCCUCAAAUAAGUUUAAAUCAAAUGCUCACUUUCACAAGUUGUUUCUGGAUGUCCCAAUCGAUGAACCCUUGAGACAAAGCUUCACCUGUGCCUUGCAGAAAGAAAUUAUGUACCAAGGCAAGCUAUUCAUAUCGGAAAACUGGAUUUGUUUCCAUUCUAAGGUCUUUGGCAAAGACACUAAGAUUAGUAUACCUGUGCCCUCAGUGACACUAUUAAAGAAAACUAAAACUGCCCUUCUAGUGCCAAAUGCCCUCGUUAUAUUAACAGUCUCUGAUAAGUAUAUGUUCGUCUCCUUUCUCUCCAGAGACACAGCUUACAAACUAUUAAAAUCUGUUUGCUGGCAUUUAGAGGAUGUGAGUGUUGGCAACAGUCCCAAUCCUUCUUCUCCAGAAAACAGCUUCAGAGCUGAUCGCCCUACAACCUUACCUUUGGAUUUAAGCGGAGAUUAUUCUGAACUGGAUGGCAUCAUUCUGCAGCGGAGGCAGGAAAUGGAAGAAUCUAGCAGUACUGGUUCUCAGACUCCAGAAUUGGAACAUUUUCAAGAUUACCAUGCCAUUGACACCAAGACUCAUCUGAAAGCCUCCAAGGUAGAGACGCCGCCUGUCCAUGCAGAUGUACAGUCAAAAUGUUUGUGUGAUGGCAAAGUCAAGAAUGUUUCUUGCAAUGUUCCUCCUACAAUCCUUGGGUUCUUCUACAGAAUGAAUUACCAGAAGUUUUUAUCUGUGAACCACAUACUUGUUUUAUAUGCAGUUCUUGUCUGUAUACUAAUUUUCUCUACAUUCUACAUGAGAUAUAAAAUCCACAUUCUGGAGGAGCAACUUGGUUCCAUAGCAUCCUUUGUGGAUUUGCAUAUUAAUGAAAAUCCAACGCAGGAAGACUUGGAGUCUCAUCUGCAUCUUAAUGUGGCUGGUCUCUGUAAGGAGCUAAUGGCUAACCUUAUCAAACUGGAAAAGAUACAGAGCAACUUACAGAGGCUUCUUGAAGAUCGUGGAUGAAUCGCCAGUCCCUUGGGGCUACCUCAUACCUCACCAUGCUCCUGUUAAGCA